UUCUACAGCGCUUGCGCUGAGACUUCGCAGCGGAGGGCGGUCCUCAAGUCUAUAUGACAGCACCCAACAUCAAGUUUGCAGCUCGCACAGUGACGACAUUCCUUGCUUAUCACCUUCAGAAUAGAGACGGUGCGACCUUCCUACCGACAUAUAGGGCUCCAUUGGGGACCGUGGUUCAUGACACUCCGCUAUCUGCAUUCCUCAACCCACUGACUAGGGGGAUCUACGUUGGACCUGCUCUUGGGCGUGGCCCAGAACUAGCAACACUCAGAGAGAUCUUGAGGGUGCUUCCGGACCCUCCCGAAGACGCAGAUUUUGGGUAUCCACCACCGGCACGCUACCCAGAACCGCUGGCUAUGCCAUGGGGUCUGUGGCAGAAGCACCAUGACUUUGCCGUUCCAGCCCUUGAUGCCGUCACACUGGAGGAAGAGCGAGUGCGGAUGCUCUCGGCACACGGUAUGGUUGCUGCAUUGACAAUGGGUCACCAUCUUCUAGCACCGAAGCCGAUCCACCCUCUUGUCAUCCUCUGGGCAAUCUUGGGUGACCGCGCAUUCGAAAUGUCGGUUGAACUCCUCAAACAGUUUGACUCGAGUGCAGCAGAGGAGCUUCGCCCAUGGUUUGAGCUUGGUUAUGAUGAGCGCCUCCCCUCAGAAGGGGCGUAUUGGUCUCAUCCUGUAUGGCGCCUCCUCAUGCAUCAUUUCGGUAUGCAGCCUCAUCGGAUUGGAUUUGCACCCGAUGCGGCUAAGAGACUAGAGUACACUCGCCAGCUCAUCUCAUCCGUCGUGUUAGGCAAGAUUUCCAAUUCAGCUGCAGAGCUCAUUGCAUUCCGCCGUGGGUUCAAUCUGGAUUUCACUGCAACAGACUCUGAGGGUACGGGUAUACUGAGCUUGACUGAGCUCUUUACAUCGCCGGAUGAGAGAACGUUUGGAGACCGGUGUCUGGACCCGGUUGUCAUCCUCAGAACACUUUACGACCGCACCGUGAACAAGCCGCAUGACGUUGUUCGCCUCAUUGUUUUUCUGUUCACUCCAGGCAGUCCACAGAGCGAGCGCAGUCUAUACGAGCGGAUCCUUCAAGGCCGCUUGCUUCGCUGGUUGCACGGACCAGGGCACCCUGAUCACACCUUGUGCGCAACACCGUUCUUGUGGAUCGCGACUACGGUGAUCUGUCGACGCUUCGUGCACGGUUGCUUUUGCAAGCAACAUCGGAGUCUGAUGAUCUGCCUGUUGAUCCGCUGAAGCGACUCACGUUUAGUUUUCGCCAUGCACAAGACAACAUCCGCCCACCUGUUCUCGAUCUCCACACUUGCACGCAGAACUGUGUCAUCGAAGUCACCCAAUGGCUUCGUAACGCCCUUGCCGAACCAACUGACUUCAGCAAUCCAGCCACAACGACCCUGUUCGACUGCUGGCUCCACGAGCAAGUACUGCAUAACCAAAGAGAUCACUCGACACUUUGAUACUUUCGC